AUGGCGACGGAAAAACAGAAACAUGAAGGCAGAGUGAAAAUUGGACACUAUAUUCUUGGAGACACACUUGGAGUGGGGACGUUCGGGAAAGUUAAAGGUAAGUGUGAUUACUUUUCUUGUCAAGUUUCGACCGGAUACCCGCGAGAGAGGAUGGGAUGUUUCUCUCUAGCACUUGUUGGCCGCUAAAUAUAGCGAACUAUGCUAGCUCGCUAAGGUUAGCUGUUAGAUUGUAGAGCCUGGCUGAGUUAACUAGCCGGUGUACAUUUAAUCUAUCAAACGAUAGUGCUGUAUCAUGUGUUCUAACAAUAAUGUUUUCUAGCCUGCCAGCUAGUUAUGUGGUCGAGUGACAGUUUAAACUAACCAAGUUUACUUGAUAGUUGGCCAACUAGCAUAAUCUUCAAAUUGCUAACCAAUGCUAAGUUAAAUGAGUGGUUUCUCAGCCAGGAAGCCUACAUCAGCUAACUAACGUUAGUUAAAUCAAAUCAAACUGACCCGUUAACGUUAGUCUUGAUCCCCCAGGGUCAACAUUAAUGGAAGUGUAUUUGAUGGAAGCCAUACAUACUGAACUAUACUGGGCCUGGCUGAAUUAUUAAUGAGGACAUAAAACGUCUUUACAAAUACCCUCCCACCACAUCCCAGUAGUAGUGUUGACAUUAGCCAUUGUUUAUCCUCAAUAAUUGGGUGGAGCAUUGUCCCUGGGUUGCUCUCAAUCUACACCAUGUCAAAAUCAUUUUCUAAUGGCACAUCACCUAAAAUGAUUAACGUUGAUUAACGUUAUGUCCAAACUUUCAGUAGAGGACCAAACUGACUUGUAUAGCCUAGCUGCUAGGCCAUAAUCUGUUAGGCCCAUUUCCAACUAGAAAAGGUACAUUUCCUUGGUAUUUGAGAACAGAAUUCUAUUAUCAAGCCACCACCAACUAGGCCUAUAGAUAGACUGUUAAUAUCUUUCCUACUUUGUCCCAGUGGUCAGGAUGGAACACACUGCACAUUGGGCCAUUUACUCUAGGCCUAUAGACUGUUAAUAUCUUUUCUACUUUGUCCCAGUGGUCAGGAUGGAGCACACUGCACAUUGGGACAUUUACUCCAUGAUUAUAUUCUAGGCGACUGGCUGCUGGGUUAAUGCAUCACCAGCAUAACAGUUUAAUCAAUAGCAGCUAUUUGUACACGCCCCAUCCCCUCACUCGUUCUGAUUCCCCUCUGUUCAGUCAAGUACAUUUUCACUUGUUCUUCUGACCAGUUUUUAGGUAGGCCUAUAUUUGCUUACUUUUUGCAUUGAACCUUGGUGUAGGCUACACAGUAAUUUACAUCUGUAAACUGAUGUAGGCCUGGGCCUAUAAGCCAUGCAGAAUAAGACGUUUCCUUCUGCUGUUAACCACAAUUGCAUUGCAAGUGUCAUUCUGCUGUUAACCACAGUGUUGCAUUGCAUGUGUCAUUGUGUAGCAGUUUGUGGCUGCUAAGAUCGUGUUUAUGCCUGGUUUCUUAUUACAGUAUUUCCUAACUCUUCCUCCCAUCCCUCGCUCCCCCUUACUCCUGUACUGCUCUCCCUUAUCUUCCCUCCCUCUCUCUCCCCUGCCUUCUCUCUCUCUCUCCCCUGCCCUUUCUCCUCUCCUGUAGUGGGGCAGCAUGAGCUGACCAAACACCAGGUGGCUGUGAAGAUCCUGAACAGACAGAAGAUCCGCAGUCUGGAUGUGGUGGGGAAGAUCCGUAGAGAGAUCCAGAACCUCAAGCUCUUCAGGCAUCCACACAUCAUUAAGCUGUAAGUUUAGAAUAUGGUUCAAUGGCGGGAACACGGUUACUGAGAUUUACUGGGAUUUACCGCCCUAAACCACUCCCUUUUCCUGGGAUAAAUAACUGCGAGAAACCAGUAAAUUAUUAUACAUUAUAUAUAUGAACAGCAUGGCGUGAAAUGGAACUGUUAAAUUAUAUGCAAUGUCUAAAUCUGGCUUCUCCACGGCCUCUGCAUGAUGAAUCAACGCUCAGGGACCGCCCAUCUCAGUAUGGAGCGCAGUUCACAAUGCAUGUAGACAUCAUCUCAUCAUGGUAACUUUUUUUCUUGUGACAGGUAGGCCUACAUUUGCUGCAAAUAGCCUAUAAUACAGUAAUAUAAAGACAGAAUGCUUGUCUAAUUUACCCAUCUCCAUCUGGCUCUCUUUUUUAUUGCAGCUAGAGAGUUUUAAAACAGCCUAGAAUAUUGUUGCUUUAAAUCAGUGCACGCGCGAGCACUCUCACGGUCUCUCUCUCUCUCCAUCAACUCCAUUCAUAUUGCAUCCAAAAUAGAUAAUCCUGUUCUAGAUUGAUAUAUAGCCCUAUAUAUAGAUGUCCUAGCCUACCUCUUUCAGGUAAUAUAAUUCAAUGCAGUAUUAGCCUUAUAUUUAGCUAAUUAAUGAUGGGUUAUGCAUAAUGCGCUUCUAACUUGUAGCCUCUGUCUCUUGCGCAAUAAGCAAGCACCUGUGCUCUGCUGGCCUUUCCUUAAAAAACGCUCCUUAGCUCUUGGAGUCCCAUGCAGGAAAAGCUAGACUAGAAUAGCUUGCUGGACAUAAUACUUAUACCAAUAGACUAUUCGAAGAGGGACGCAAGCUCUUUCUUGAUUAAUGUUAAAUACAGCAGCCAAUAGAACUCACGGGUAGUUUGAAAUAAUAAUUGAACGCAUGAUGGCGGUAGGCUAUAGCAUUCAAUGUUCACAAAGAGAAGGUAAAGCCUUCUGCAACUAAUUCUAGUCCUAUAUUAUUCAAGGAUAUCAUUAGAAUGAUGAAGAUAAGGACAACAAAACGUAUUUAAUUUAACUGUUGAAAGCGAGGAAGGAAUGAAGCAACAAUAGAGAGAGAAAGAGGUAGGCUAAUAACAUUAGGGGAAAUAUUAUGGAAGGUGUAUAUAUACGUCAGCUUACAAAUUAUACAAAUAGGCCCUAUUAAAUUUCUAAAUUAAAAUCAAAUUCGCUAGCCUAUACUUGUAACUUUGUAGGCCGCAUGUGCUGCACCAGAUUUGCAUGUUCUCUUCUGCUUUAUCAUGUGUGUAAUUCCAGUCCAUAUAAUCCAGUAUAAUACAAUACAGUACUGUAAUACAGUCCACACACAAAAAGAUUAACCUACUGGAGCUAGUUUCAUUUAUUUACCCAAGAGAGCAUAUAGCUAGCUACAUCUAUGGGCUUUUAUGUUUUUCUGUCAUGCUUAAUGUGCAGUAGCCUAUAUCAUAUACUGAACAAAGAUUUUACUGAGUUACAGUUCAUAUAAGAAAAUCAGUCAAUUUAAAUAAAUAAAUUAGGCCCUAAUCUAUGGAUUUCACAUGACUGGGAAUACAGAUAUGCAUCUGUUGGUCACAGAUAUCUUUACAAAAAUGGGGCUCACAAUGGGCCUCAGGAUCUCAUCACGGUAUCUCUGUGCAUUCAAAAAUCACCAUCGAUAAAAUGCAAUUGUGUUAGUUGUCCGUAGCUUAUGCCUGCCCAUACCAUAACCCCACCGCCACCAUGGGGCACUCUGUUCACAACGUUGACAUCAGCAAACCAUUCGCUCACACGACGCCAUACACCAGGCGUGCGGUUGUGAGGCCGGUUGGACGUACUGCUAAAUUCUCUAAAAAUGAUGUUGGAGGCGGCUUAUGGUAAAGAAAUGAACAUUGAAUUCUCUGGCUAUAGCUCUGGUGGACAUUCCUGCAGUCACCAUGCCAAUUUUAUGCUCCCUCAACUUGAGACGUGUAGCAUUGUGUUCUGUUACAAAACUGCACAUUUUAGAGUGGCCUUUUAUUAUCCCCAUCACAAGGGGCACCUGUUUAAUGAUUAUGCUGUUUAAUCAGCGUGUUGAUAUGCCACACCUGUCAGGUGGGUGGAUUAUGUUGGCAAAGGAGAAAUGCUCACUAACAGGGAUGUAAACAAAUUUGUGCACAAAAUUUGAGAGAAAUACGCUUUUUGUUUGUAUGGAACAUUUCUGGGAUCUUUUAUUUCAGCUCAUGAAACAUGGGACCAACACUUUACAUGUUGCGUUUAUAUUUCUGUUCAGUGUAUUUGUAUUGGAUAACGGCACAAUCAUUUGGGCUUGGACUCAUUAAAUGUCAUUUAAUGUAGGGCUCAUAUAUUUUUUUAAAUAUGUGGCUCAUCGGGCUAUGUAGCAUCAGGUUUGAAUUUUCAUUCUGAUCAAAGCUCUAAUCAAAUCGACAUUUAUAUGCUUUUGAAUGACACUUCCGGUUUUGGCGGGAAAUACCGGGUUACCCGGGAGAAAAGGGAUUUAUUCUCGGGAUGGAACAUUUCAAUCCCUGCAUCAUUAAGCUGUAAGUCUAGAACGUCAAGCUCUUCAGGCAUCCCUGCAUCAUUAAGCUGUAAGUCUAGAACCUCAAGCUCUUCAGGCAUCCCUGCAUCAUUAAGCUGUAAAUCUAGAACCUCCUAGAACCUCCAUCUUUUCAGGCAUCACGCAUUAUUAAGCUGCAAGUCCUAGAUUACACAGCUCGCUCCAUCGCACGGCCCCCUACGUAUUCCCCCCCCCCCCCCCAGAGAGCUAUUUUAGGACUUAAAUGGUGGGUUUUAUAGAGUAGAUCACACUUUCUCUUUAUCUCUGCAUCUCUGAUACUCUCUCUUCUCCCCUCAAUCUCUCUCACCAUCUCUAUUCAUCCCUUGACUUCUCUCUUUUUUUUUCUCCAUCAUCCUCUGUCUUUUUCCCCCCCUUGACAUCUCUCAUCCCAGUUAAAGCUCUUCUCUGUCCCGGCACCAAAAUGGUGGAACAAGCUUCCCCCUAACGUCAGGACAGCUGAGUCCCUGCCCAUCUUCCGAAAACGUCUGAAAACCUACCUUUUCAAAGAGUAUCUUGAUUAAAUGCAGUGUUUCCAUGAUUUAGCUCAUUGGUUAUGAAGGGUCAGAUCUCCCUUAUGUUUCCGGCUGUUUUGUUUGUAUUUUUUUCGAACUAGUCCUAUUACUAUUGACUGAAUGAAAAGUCCCCGUACAUGAGUAGUCUCCAUGACCUGGCUGUGAGCUCCACUGAGGAUCAUUGUGUAGGCCUUGUUCGGGCAUUUCUGGGGGCCUGCUCCCUUGUGACUAGGCCAGAAUUUUCACACUUUCUUUUAACGUGUACCCCUUGGAGUCAAGUUGAAAAUCUCAAAAUGCUGCACAAGAAUGAGGAAAGAGUUGCCCUUUCCCCCCCGUAUUCACUGACGUCUUGUCCGUAGAGGCCAGUAGAAAUAGUUUUACAAGAGUGAGUUUUCUGAAGCUGCUGUGUUUUAUACGACACUUGUGUUGAUAACCUUGUGUUACCAAUAUGUGACACAUGAAUGAAGAAAUGUAGCGGAGGUUUGCUCUAGUGAAGUAGGCCUAUGUUUAGCAAGUUGAAGUGUUCCAUGGCUUGUGGCCAGUCUCCCUCACACCGUCCAGUCAUUGAACCCAAUGGCCCACAAAGGAGUUAUCCUGCCUCUAGGUUUAGAAUCAAUUAAUGGCUUUUGAGAGGAUUCAUCUGUCCUAAAACACCUACCUCUCAUUCUGAUGUUAUAUUGCAAUUUUCUUCCUUUUUAUUGCUGUGGUAAAGCUGAAAUAUAGCAAUAGCUUUUUUUAUUAUAGGUUUGUCAAAGUUUGGUGAUCCUUGACUGUUUUCUCUGGUGUUUAUGAGUAGAGCCCAGAGUUUUUUCCUGAUCAGGUGGGUCGCAUGGUCAGAGAAAUCUCUUGGUCCAAUCAUGACUAGACUAUUUUCUGUGUGUGACUGUUGUUGUUUCUCCUGUGGGGCUGUAGGUACCAGGUGAUCAGCACCCCAACAGACAUCUUCAUGGUGAUGGAGUAUGUGUCCGGAGGAGAGCUCUUUGACUACAUCUGCAAAAAUGGAAAGGUAAGACCCCCCCCCCCCCCCUCCCUCUGAGGAAAACACACUCUAAUGUAUGUAAACUUUAUGAAAAUUAUGGACCUGGUUUUGGUUCAACAACAAAACAGACAUUAGGGGUUAUUCUACACUGCUCAAAAAAAUAAAGGGAACACUAAAAUAACACAUCCUAGAUCUGAAUGAAUGAAAUAAUCUUACUUCUUUCUUUACAUAGUUGAAUGUGCUGACAACAAAAUCACACAAAUAUUAUCGAUGGAAAUGAAAUGUAUCAACCCAUGGAGGUCUGGAUUUGGAGGCACACUCAAAAUUAAAGUGGAAAACCACACUACAGGCUGAUCCAACUUUGAUGUAAUGUCCUUAAAACAAGUCAAAAUGAGGCUCAGUAGUGUGUGUGGCCUCCACGUGCCUGUAUGACCUCCCUACAACGCCUGGGCAUGCUCCUGAUGAGGUGGCGGAUGGUCUCCAGAGGGAUCUCCUCCCAGACCUGGACUAAAGCAUCCGCCAACUCCUGGACAGUCUGUGGUGCAACGUGGCGUUGGUGGAUGGAGCGAGACAUGAUGUCCCAGAUGUGCUCAAUUGGAUUCAGGUCUGGGGAACGGGCGGGCCAGUCCAUAGCAUCAAUGCCUUCCUCUUGCAGGAACUACUGACACACUCCAGCCACAUGAGGUCUAGCAUUGUCUUGCAUUAGGAGGAACCCUAGGAGGAACCCAGGGCCAACCGCACCAGCAUAUGGUCUCACAAGGGGUCUGAGGAUCUCAUCUCGGUACCUAAUGGCAGUCAGGCUACCUCUGGCGAGCACAUGGAGGGCUGUGCGGCCCCCCAAAGAAAUGCCACCCCACACCAUGACUGACCCACUGCCAAACCGGUCAUGCUGGAGGAUGUUGCAGGCAGCAGAACGUUCUCCACGGCGUCUCCAGACUCUGUCACGUCUGUCACAUGUGCUCAGUGUGAACCUGCUUUCAUCUGUGAAGAGCACAGGGCACCAGUGGCGAAUUUGCCAAUCUUGGUGUUCUCUGGCAAAUGCCAAACGUCCUGCACGGUGUUGGGCUGUAAGCACAACCCCUGCCUGUGGACGUCGGGCCCUCAUUCCACCCUCAUGUAGUCUGUUUCUGAACGUUUGAGCAGACACAUGCACAUUUGUGGCAUGCUGGAGGUCAUUUUGCAGGGCUCUGGAAGUGCUCCUCCUGCUCCUCCUUGCACAAAGGCGGAGGUAGCGGUCCUGCUGCUGGGUUGUUGCCCUCCUACGGCCUCCUCCACUUCUCCUGAUGUACUGGCCUGUCUCCUGGUAGCGCCUCCAUGCUCUGGACACUACGCUGACAGACACAGCAAACCUUCUUGCCACAGCUUGCAUUGAUGUGCCAUCCUGGAUGAGCUGCACUACCUGAGCCACUUGUGUGGGUUGUAGACUCCGUCUCAUGCUACCACUAGAGUGAAAGCACCGCCAGCAUUCAAAAGUGACCAAAACAUCAGCCAGGAAGCAUAGGAACUGAGAAGUGGUCUGUGGGCACCACCUGCAGAACCACUCCUUUAUUGGGGGUGUCUUGCUAAUUGCCUAUAAUUUCCACCUGUUGUCUAUUCCAUUUGCACAACAGCAUGUGAAAUGUAUUGUCAAUCAGUGUUGCUUCCUAAGUGGACAGUUUGAUUGCACAGAAGUGUGAUUGACUUGGAGUUACAUUGUGUUGUUUAAGUGUUCCCUUAAUUUUUUUGAGCAGUGUACAUUAAGCCUCAUUAAGCCUAUCUGUUAAAAUAUGUUGUCUAUCUGCUAAAAUGAACUGUUGUUUUGGAUUGUAGGUAGUCUUUUGCUCACCUGAAUCUUAAUCACUUAGCUAAUUACUUGUCUGUCGUCAUGAGACUUGGGUAGUAUAAUGGUUGUGUCAAUAGUCAUGUUAUAGCCUGCCUCUCGUAUGGACUACCCCUCCUUCCGUACACAAAAACAUAAUUCACAAAGCUCGAUCUCUGCACUGCAUUCUUUCUAAGUGGUUUUUAAGGACUACUAAAUAAUUCAAGGAAAGUCACUGACCAAAUAUCCAGAGUGGUUACUUACAAUACUGAAAUAGACACUGAAUGGACAGCUAAAAGUGAAAUAUCUCACCUCUCGUGUGUGUUUCUGUGUCUGCGUUUCGUGUGUGUGUGUCUCCAGUUGGAUGAGAAGGAGAGCCGUCGUCUGUUCCAGCAGAUAAUCUCCGCAGUAGACUACUGCCACAGACACAUGGUGGUGCACAGAGACCUGAAGCCUGAGAACGUCCUGCUGGAUGCACAGAUGAACGCCAAGAUCGCUGACUUUGGCAAGUCACUGUCACCCUCAACCCUAACCCCACACAAAUCGACCGGCAGCUUUCUACACCUAUACCUGAUUUACACUUCCAAAUCGAGCCAUGCCUAACUGUACUGAGUUGGCUUGGUUACGCAUCCACCAUAGUUACUGGAAAGGGUAUGUCUGAAAUGACACCCUAUUUCCUAUAUAGUGCACUACCUUUGGACAUUAUGUGAUAUUGUCUGGUGUUUUCUGUAGGUUUGUCAAACAUGAUGUCGGACGGAGAGUUUCUGAGGACGAGUUGUGGUUCUCCGAACUACGCUGCCCCUGAAGUCAUCUCUGGAAGGUAGUCUUGUCCUCGCCUUUUCUUUCACACUAAAACUAUGGCAGACGUGAUGGGGAAUGUGCUAAUGUGUGCGAAAAUCGCUGUUACAUUUCAAUAAGGAAGGCUGUUCAUGUUAAAAGGACUGUUAAAUUUCACGGUUUUGCUUUGGUGAAAGACCCUCCCGUUCUUGAUAAAUGUCUCACUCAAUAUUCACCGUACUAAAAGACUCUUGGUUCAUGUCCAUGAACUGUCUUCUCCCCCCUCCAUCUGUCUGUCCUCCCAGGUUAAAUGCAGGUAGUCUUGUCCUCUAUGCUUCUGGUUUCUCUUUGGAGUCUAGACUGUAUUACUGUAAACAACUUUGCGGCAACUGUUGAUGUAAAGCAGGGAUGGGCAACUGGUGUCCCGCGGACCAAUUUCACACAAAAUAUUAAACCCAAAUAAUUUGUAUUAAUUUUUUUAGGAACUCAGUCUGUUGAGAGUUAGAAUAAUAGAAUACACAAGGUGCAAUUUCGAAAUGUGGUUGUGCAUCAGCAGUCACUCAAUUAGCCCAUGUCAGCUAAAAUCUUUUAGAUUGGUAAGUUAGUCUAGCGGCCAGCUAACUAAACUUGUAGUAAGCAUGGUCGAAUUACCGACCACGGUGGGGCCCAUUUGAUCAUCAGUUAUCAUAUUAAAAACUGCAAACAUUUGCCUCCACCGUAUGGCAAAAUGUGUAGAAUUGCAGGAAAUUAGCUGUAAAACGGCAAAAACUAUUCUCCGCCCCAUGGCAAAAUGUUUAGAAUUGCAAGAAAUGUACUUUAAUACGUAAUUUUUUUGUCUUCACUGUCACGAGGGAGGCAGCUAAAAUGUUUUGCUCGCAAGGUGGGGGGAGGGAUGUGGGUGUGCAGACCCACGAGCCACUGCGGCCCCUCCAUGAGUUCAUUUAUUUUUUGUGGCCCCCACCCCCAUCAAAGUUGCCCAUCCCUGAUCUAAAGGGAUUCAUAAAUGUGUUUGAUUUACCUGUUUCCUGCCAGGUUAUAUGCAGGUCCUGAGGUGGACAUCUGGAGCAGUGGGGUGAUCCUGUAUGCCCUGCUGUGUGGGACGCUGCCCUUCGAUGACGACCAUGUGCCAACGCUCUUCAAGAAGAUCUGUGACGGGAUCUUCUUCACGCCUCAGUACCUGAACCCCUCCGUCAUCGCCCUGCUCAAACACAUGCUGCAGGUGGAUCCCAUGAAGAGAGCCACCAUCAAAGAGAUCCGGUAAGAAGGGACAAGAAAUCAACUUCGCCUGUAUGCGUUCCAUUCAAAUACUAAGUGCAUUUAAACACCUUAAUACACUCUGCAGUAGUGUAAUGGAAGAUAAAAUACAUUAAAAACAAAAAUGCAACUGUGUUAGUUUUCACGCUGUACUACCUAUCAUAGAGGUGGAAAACUCCUGUCCUGGGGCAGCUCCUGCCUUCUCUGUGCAGGCUUUAGUUCCAGCCCAGCACUAACAAAGUGAACCCACCCCUCCUGGUCCACACGUUUUCUAGCUGCCCUCUUAAGUAAACAAAUGUCCCUAUGGGAUAAUAAAGAAUACCUUGACCCUGACUUUAACCAUGCUCUGUCUUCCCUUGCCACAGAGAGGAUGAAUGGUUCAAAGAGGAGCUCCCCAAGUACUUGUUCCCAGAGGACCCGUCCUACAGCAACAACAUGAUUGACGACGAGGCCCUGAAGGAGGUGUGUGAGAAGUUUGAGUGCACUGAGGAGGAAAUCCUGACCUGCUUGUACAGCCGCAACCACCAUGACCCCCUGGCUGUGGCCUACCACCUCAUCAUCGACAACCGCCGCAUCAUGUCCGAGGCCAAAGACUUCUACCUGGCUUCCAGUCCCCCAGACUCCUUCCUGGAGGAUCAGCACCUGACCGCCUCCGCCGCGGCCGCCGCAGGCCUUAAGCCCCACCCCGAGCGCAUGCAGCCGUUCCUGGCAGCGGAGACCCCUCCCAGGCCGAGGCAUACGCUGGACGAGCUAAACCCCCAGAAAUCGAAGCACCAAGGGGUGAGGCGGGCUAAGUGGCACCUGGGGAUCAGGAGCCAGAGCAGGCCCAGUGAUAUUAUGUCUGAGGUGUGCCGGGCCAUGAAGCAGCUGGACUACGAGUGGAAGGUGAGGGGAGGGAGGAAGGGAGUGAUGGAGGGAGAAUCGUAGAGUGGGGAAGAGGAUGGUGUGAAGGAAGAGCAGAAGGGGGAGGGAAGGAGUGGGUAAAGAGGUCCGGGAGAAAUACACAGAAAACCAUCAAGGGUUCCUCAUAGAUCUGUCAAGGGGUAGGGGCUCGAGGUUUAUUUGGAAUUGGGAAAUAAAGUAUACUAAACAAAAAUAUAAACGCAUGGUGUCAAGUGUUGGUCCCAUGUUUCAUGAGCUGAUAUAAAAGAUCCCAGAACUUUUCCAUAUGCACAAAAAGCUUAUUUCUCUCAAAUGUUGUGCACAAAUUAGUUUACAUCCCUGUUAGUGAGCAUUUCUCCUUUGCCAAGAUAAUCCAUCCACCUGACAGGUAUGGCAUAUCAAGAAGCUGAUUAAACAGCAUGAUCAUGAUCCAAUUUGUAAGUCGCUCUGGAUAAGAGCGUCUGCUAAAUGACGUAAAUGUAAAUCAUUACACAGGUGCACCUUGUGCUGGGGACAAUAAAAGGCCACUCUAAAAUGUGCAGUUUUGUCACACAACACAAUGCCACAGAUGUCUCAAGUUUUGAGGGAACGUGCAAUUGGCAUGCUGACUGCAGGAAUGUCCACCAGAUCUGUUGUCAGAGAAUUGAAUGUUCAUUUCUCUACCAUAAGCCGCCUCCAAUGUCGUUUUAGAGAAUUUGGCAGUACGUCCAACUGGCCUCACAACCGCAGACCACGUGUAAUCACGCUAGCCCAGGACCUCUGCAUCCGGCUACUUCACCUGCGGGAUCGUCUGAGACAAGUCACCCGGACAGCUGAUUAAACUGGUCCUCUGUAGCUCAGCUGGUAGAGCAUGGCGCUUGUAACGCCAAGGUAGUGGGUUCGAUCCCCGGGACCACCCAUACACAAAAAAAUGUAUGCACGCAUGACUGUAAGUCGCUUUGGAUAAAAGCGUCUGCUAAAUGGCAUAUUAUUAUUAUUAUUAAACUGUGGGUUUGCACAACCAAAGAAUUUCUGCACAAACUGACUGCAGUUUGGCGUCGUAACCGACUUCAGUGGACAAAUGCUCACCUUCGAUGGCCACUGGCACGCUGGAGAAGUGUGCUCUUCACUGAUGAAUCCCGGUUUCAACUGUACCGGGCAGAUGGCAGACAGCGUUUAUGGCGUCGUGUGGGUGAGCGCUUUGCUGAUGUCAACGCGGCAGGUAGCUUAGUGGUUAAGAAUGUUGUGCCAGUAACCGAAAGGUCGCUAGUUCUAAUCCCCGAGCCAACUAGGUGAAAAAUCUGUCUGUGCCCUUGAGCAAGGCACUUAACCCUAAUUGCUCCUGUAAGUCGCUCUGGAUAAGAGCGUCUGCUAAAUGACUAAAAAUGUUGUGAACAGAGUGUCCCGUGGUGGGGUUAUGGUAUGGGCAGGCAUAAGCUACACACAAUUGCAUUUUAUCUAUGGAAAUGUUUAUGCACAGCGAUACCGUGAUGAGAUCUUGAGGUCCAUCGUCAUGCCAUUCAUCCGCCGCCAUCACCUCAUAUUUCAACAUGAUAAUGCAUGGCCCCAUGUUGCAAGGAUCUGUACACAAUUCCUAGAAGCUGAAAAUGUCCCAGUUCUUCCAUGGCCUGCGUACUCACCAGCCAUGUCACACAUUGAGCAUGUUUGGGAUGCUCCAUUUGACGUGUACAACAGCGUGUUCCAGUUCCCGCCAAUAUACAGCAACUUCACAACAGCCAUUGAAGAGGAGUGGGACAACAUUCCACAGGCCACAAUCAAUAGUCUGGUCAACUCUAUGCGAAGGAGAUGUCGCGCUGCUUGAGGCAAAUGGUGGUCACACCAGAUACUGACUGGUUUUCUGAUCCACACCCCUACCUUUAAAAAAAUAUGUUAUGUGACCAACAGAUGCAUAUCUGUAUUCCCAGUCAUGUGAAAUCCACAGGUUAGGGCCUAAUUAAAUUAUUUCAAUUGACUGAUUUCCUUAUAUGAAUUGUAACUCAGUAAAACCUUUUGCAUUUUUGUUUUGUUUUCUCCAAGUAUUUGUAAUGGUGGACCUGGUUCUUUGUUAAAAUUAACAUGCCAUUAUUUGUCUUUUUCUGCUUGGUGUGAACUGCUGGCUCUGUCAGGUCUAAUUCUACUUGACCUGGAAUGGAAUGAGGCUAUUUCCUUCUUCUAUUGGGUUCUAUUUUAGUACGGCACAACCUUUAGACUUUAAAACUAUAUCAGCUGACUGACUCUCAUUUUUAAGUUAUGUUGAGGAUAAAUGAGAGUGCAAUUUCUGAAGGAAAUGCUCGGUUUCCUGUUUAUACUUCUCUUGCCCUGAUAGAUGGAAAGCAGCUAUUUAUGGUUUAAUGUGUUUGGGUACACAGUAGUAAAACAUACUGAGCUUCACGUACAGUCCCACAAAGUUAACCACUGUUGUUCUGCCUAGACUCUAAAAGUGCUGAUAUUGUGCUCUUGUAACAUUGUUGCUUCCGUCCCUCUCCUUGCCCCAACCUGGGACCCUCUGAACAAAUCGACAACUGUCACCCACAAAGCAUCGUUACCUGUUGUGCCACAAAAGCCAACUACUUCUAGGUCUUAUAACGAGUGAUGUCACCGAUUUGAAAGCUACUAGUGCGCACCGCUAACUAGCUAGCCAUUUCACAUUUGCUACACUCUUCGUAAUCUUUUUUGCUGUUAUACACAAAAGUUCCCAUUUUGAUGACGAAAGGCAACAUGUUCUAAACGUUCACUGAAAUCACUUAAAUACAGAUCACCACUGAAGCAGCUACAGCAGCCAUAUUGAAAAUGUAAUAUUCUAUGCUGUAUGUUAUAUCUAUGACAUAUUAAACCCAGCUUCUGACAUCGUUGAAUGCAUCACUAAUCUCCAUAUCCUCCUCCCCAGGUGGUGAAUCCGUACUACCUGCGUGUAAAGAGGAAGAACCCAGUGACUGGCAUGCAGACCAAGAUGAGCCUUCAGCUCUACCAGGUGGACAGCAGGACCUACCUCCUGGACUUCCGUAGCAUAGACAGUACGUCAACCUGGACUUAAUGAGAACAUGUCUAGAACUUGGAAGUGGUUUUCUACACUGCCGACUACACCAUCACAGAAAAUUGCCAAAACAUAAGAGGCUUUUCCCUGCUGAGUGCAAUGCAAAUUUACUCGUCCGACUUCAAAAAAUAAUUCAUAUUUUUUUGAUCACCUUACAGACAUGGCACAGGUCUGUCUAUAGUGGCUUUUGUUUGUUUUGUGUGUUUAGUUGUAACCACCUAAGUAUUUCUGUGUGUUUAACAUUUGUCUCUUUCUCUUCUCUUUUCCCUCUUUCUUUCUCUCUGUCUGUAGAUGACAUGUUGGAGGCUAAAUCUGGGACUGCCACUCCUCACCGGUCUGGGUCUUUGGGAAACUACCGCACGGCACUUAAGAACGACACUGCUGCAGAGGGGGGGUCCCAAACCGAGGGGACUAAGGAGGAUGCUACCCCGACCCCUGCCACCUCCAUCCCUCCCACCCCCACCAAGGCUUCGGAGAGCUCCCUGGCCUCCUCGCUCACCUCCUCUGUCGACUCAACGGGAGGCGACCUCGCCCCGACGACAGCGUACCCGCGGCCCGGCAGCCACACCAUAGAGUUCUUUGAGAUGUGCGCCAAUCUCAUCAAGCUACUUGCACGAUAG